AUGUAUCGUUCUUCAGAAGCGCGAGGAUUGAAGAAUUUCCCUCAAGUCGAAGAUUUUCAAGACGAAGCCCAACAAUUAUUAGCUCGACAUUCAAUUUCACGCGGUGCCACCAGAUUUGGUCGCCUUCUUCUAAUUUUACCAUUACUUCGAACUAUUCGAGCGGAAAAAAUCGACAAAGUAUUUUUCGCUGGAACGUUUGGUAAUACUUCCAUUGAAAAAAUGAUUUGCAAAAUGUAUAAAGGAUAA